AUGAGACUCCCCAAAGUCCUCACUUUCUUGCUUUGGCACCUGGCUUGGCUGGACCUGGAAUUCAUCUGCACUGUGUUGGGUGCCCCUGACUUGGGCCAGAGACCCCAGGGGGCCAGGCCAGGAUUGGCCAAAGCAGAAGCCAAGGAGAGGCCCCCUCUGGCCCAGAACAUCUUCAGGCCGGGGGGUCACAGCUACAGUGGGGGGGCCACCAAUGCCAGGGCAAAGGGGGGCACGGGGCAGACAGGAGCCCUGACACAGCCCAAGAAGGAUGAAUCCAAAAAGCUGCCCCCCAGAUCGGGUGGCCCUGAACCCAAGCCAGGACACCCUCCCCAGACAAGGCAGGCUGCAACGCGGACUGUGACCCCAAAAGGACACCUUUCUGGGGGUAAGGCACCACCAAAGGCAGGAUCUGUCCCCAGCCCCUUCCUGCUGAAGAAGGCCAGGGAACCUGGGUCCCCUCGAGAGCCCAAGGAGCCAUUCCGCCCGCCCCCCAUCACGCCCCACGAAUACAUGCUCUCGCUGUACAGGACGCUGUCCGAGGCUGACAGAAAGGGAGGCAACAGCAGCGUGAAGUUGGAGGCUGGCCUGGCCAACACCAUCACCAGCUUUAUUGACAAAGGGCAAGAUGACCGAGGUCCUGCGGUCAGGAAGCAGAGGUACGUGUUUGACAUUAGCGCCCUGGAGAAGGAUGGGCUACUAGGGGCCGAGCUGCGGAUCUUGCGGAAGAAGCCCUCGGACACAGCUAAGCCAGUGGCCCCUGGCAGUGGGCGAGCUGCCCAGCUGAAGCUGUCCAGCUGCCCCAGCGGCCGACAGCCGGCAGCCUUGCUGGAUGUGCGUUCCUUGCCAGGCCUGGAUGGAUCUGGCUGGGAGGUGUUCGACAUCUGGAAGCUCUUCCGAAACUUUAAGAACUCGGCCCAGCUGUGCCUGGAGCUGGAGGCCUGGGAACGGGGCCGGGCCGUGGACCUCCGUGGCCUGGGCUUUGACCGGGCUGCCCGGCAGGUCCAUGAGAAGGCCCUGUUCCUGGUGUUUGGCCGCACCAAGAAACGGGACCUGUUCUUUAAUGAGAUUAAGGCCCGCUCUGGCCAAGAUGAUAAGACCGUGUACGAGUACCUGUUCAGCCAGCGGCGAAAGCGGCGGGCCCCACUGGCCACGCGUCAGGGCAAGCGGCCCAGCAAGAACCCCAAGGCCCGCUGCAGUCGGAAGGCGCUGCAUGUCAACUUCAAGGACAUGGGCUGGGACGACUGGAUUAUCGCGCCCCUGGAGUACGAGGCCUUCCACUGCGAGGGGCUAUGCGAGUUCCCCCUGCGCUCCCACCUGGAGCCCACGAACCAUGCAGUCAUCCAGACCCUGAUGAACUCCAUGGACCCCGAGUCCACACCACCCACCUGCUGUGUGCCAACGCGGCUGAGUCCCAUCAGCAUCCUCUUCAUUGACUCCGCCAACAACGUGGUCUAUAAGCAGUAUGAGGACAUGGUCGUGGAGUCUUGUGGCUGCAGGUAG